AUGGAAGUAUCUUCAGAAGGCAGUUUUGGGCCCCAAACAAUUAAAGGAACGGGAAUCGCUUUGAUCGUGCUAACCUCGCUUGUUGUGGGUACUCGAUUUGCCGGUGCACUUCGAAGACCCAAAGACCUCAAAGCGGAGGAUUACCUGCUGAUCCUGGCUUAUGUUUUCUUUCUGGAGUUGAGCAUUCUUUACAUCUACAUUGCCCCCGUUAUCUUUCGACUGGCAGCGCUUGAGGAUGGAACAAUUCCCGUUUAUCCUACCGUUUUGGAAGACUCGGUUCAUUUGCAGAUUGUUUUCUUCGUCACAACCUCUUCGCUAUGGCUGUGUUUGUGGAUGAUAAAAUUCUCUCUUUUGGCAAUGUAUAAACGAUUGUUAGUUGGAAAACCAUACCUCAUCGCCUGGUGGGUUAUCUUGGUAUUCUGUGUUCUGUUUAUCAUCGGCUGCAUUCUAUCAUCAUGGUUUUCUUGCUCGAGCUUUCAUGCCUGGUUUACUGCGGGGGAAUGCUCCACACCACGAGAUCAUCGCGCUGCCGUGAUCAGCUUAUACUUCGCGUAUGCGGUUGAUAUCAUCACUGACCUAGCAAUUAUGGCCUUGCCUCUUCGUCUGAUAUGGAACCUGAAGAUGCAACGGAAGCAAAAAGUGAGCAUCGGUGGCUUGUUCUGCUUUGGGUGGAUUUGCAUCAUCAUCUCCACUAUCCGAGUUGUUCAGCUGGGAGAAUCAGUGAAUGAUGUCCCGGCUCCAUCGUGGCUAGCCUUAUGGGCAACAAUUGAGGCAGCAAUAGCCGUGAUGAUCGGUUGUUGCCCUGGUCUUUACCGCGUCAUCAGAACCAGCGUCUCGUCCUCAAAGCAAACCUAUCCAUACGACUCGUACAACAUGAGGGGCCGCGGCGGUGGAGGCAUACAAUCACAUAGAUCAGGUGGGCUGAGGGAAACGGAUAUUGCCUUGAGCAGCUUUUCGGGGAAAGUGGAGGCAUAUCAGUCUGCAAGUGCCUAUCGGUCAUCCAGUCCAGCAAGCAGUCAAGAGAAACUCGCCCAUUCAUCUGAUAGGGGCACUAUUAUGGUCAACUAUGGGGUUGCUGUGACGGUAGAAGAUCGAUCGAGUGAUUAUGACCGAACAACGCGCUUUGUAUGA